UUUUUUUGGAAUUUUAUUUCAAUUACUUUUGUUUUGGAAUUAGUGACCUCUUAAUCUCCAUAUAGCAGUGAAGCAUCAUAGCGACUAUUCAGCUGAUCACCUUUUUUCCUUGUCCCUCAAAUAUUUACUUAUUUCUCAAACAAACUCUGAUCUCACUUCUAUCGUAUGUGCCGACCAUUUCCCUCAUUCCCCGUAUAUUAUAUAUGUACUGCUUACCAAUCAUAUAUUCUUCCACGUACCAUAUAUGUUCGAUAACUUGCCACAUCACUCAUAAAAGCAACUAGCCAGUAGCCACUUACUUGUUCACAUCUUUCUUGAUUCCAAUUCCAUAUACUUCUCUUUAUUGUUCCUUUAUCUUCUCCAUUUACUUCAAAACAGUACCUACAACGUGUAUAAACCGCACCAUUUCUAAUUGUGACACCAGAACCAAGUUCCCCCUUCAAAAUUAAUGCCAUUUUCUACUUCUCUGUGACUAAUUAACCCAUUAUUUAAAACAAAUUUAUUUUGCUAGAUAAAAUUUUGAGAUAUGAAGAAAGCGAGAGGUUUCAAACUUGGAAAGAGACUGGUGACAUCACAAGGUUGUGCCAGCAAAGCAGUUUCAAAGCUGACCAAAUGUCUACAAUUCCUGAAACAGGGAGCAAAACGACUCUGUUUUGGGAAAACCAAUUCGGGUUACUUCCGGGUCGGGCAAGAACCGAAUAAGAAUGUGAGUGUACCAAAGGGACACUUGGCUGUGUACGUUGGAGAGCAGGAGGAUGACACGUGUAGAGUUGUGGUGCCUGUGAUAUACUUUAAUCACCCAUUGUUUGUUGAAUUGUUGAGGGAGGCAGAAAUGGUGUAUGGAUAUAAUCAUACGGGUGGGAUCCAAAUACCUUGUCGGAUAUCCGAAUUUGAGAAUAUUCAAUCAAGAAUCGCUGCCACGGUUGGUGGUGGAAAAUAGAAACUGGCAUGGAUACACUACUAGAAACAAAAAAAUUUCCAACCGAUAUAACUGAA